CGGUUGUUUGAAGCAUUCAGAGCAACGCAUCCUCCGUGAAAGCAGCUGAAAUGGCUCAAAUACUAAACAAGUCCAGUGUGGCAGCAGAAGUAGUGGCUUUUGCGCUGAUUGUUUGCAUUAUUAGCAAUUCAGCGUUAGCAAGCAACUUAGAGGGAAUGCAAUCGGAAUCGGAAUCACACGAUAUGAAUUCGAAUAGUGGUGGUAUAGGCUCUGGUGGCGUGCCGCUGGGAUCGCUCAAUGAUAUCAACGGCCGAAGAAUAUUUGCGAAUCAUCGCAAUUUGCGACCGGUAUACGGUUUUGGACCGAAAAUGUUGCAGGUAUCUCGUUCUAAGAUACCAAUCGAACUAGAUUUGUUGGUGGAAAACGAAGAGGGAGACCGAUCAAAGCGUUUUGACGACUAUGGACACAUGCGUUUCGGCAAACGAGGUGGCGAGGAACAAUUUGACGAUUAUGGUCAUAUGCGAUUUGGGAGAAGUACUCAAACAUAAACUAUGUAAAUUCACUGAUCUCUAAAAUGUUGACAACUGGCUAACUGGAUGUAAAUAAAUUAAUAUGUAUAGAACAUUUAUCUUAAUAAAAGUAAAAAAGUGUGCACUUGAACCAAA